AUACCAGUAGUGUAUGCAUGGGAUGCUGUUGGGUGGGAUGCACAUUGUGUGAGAAUUUGUUGGCGUAGGUUAGGGGUUUGGGGUAGUGUUAAAAUGGCGAUAGCAAUGACUGCUGCCGCUAAUGUUAAAGUUCGGGAGAGCCGUGAUGAGGUAACGGGAUAACAAGUAUUUGUUUGGUAUAAAUAGCAUAGAUAUUUGGGCGGAGCGCGUACUAAUGUUUUAAGAUUGCGACGGAGCAUAACUGUGCAAAGCAAACGAGCAAGAAAAUUGAAAACAAAAUAUGAAAAUAAAUUAAAAAAAAAAAAUGUGAAUAAUAUGAUAAGACAAAAAGUGUCAGAAGUUUAUUGAAGAAACGUGCAAUAUUUUUUUGUUUUUAAUGCCAAAAAAUUUGUAAAGGCAAAAAGUGUAGCAGAAAUUGGUUGAGAGAUGCGGCUUUUUAAGUUCAAAGAUAAUAACAAACUACAAAAAUAAAUAAAACUACCAGGCAGUAUAAAUGUAAAAGCCUUAACUGGAAGAAAAUUCUUGAGCAGUCAGCUGUAUAUACUGCGCCUUAAAAUAGGCAACUACUAAGGAUUAGCUACACAAAAAGAAAAAAAACAAAGCGCCUUUUAUAAAUACACACACGCAGUGUACACACUUGCUUUUGACUAUAAUCAGCAUGGAGGGCUAUCAGGACAUGAGCGAGUUGGAAAAGUCGGUCGCUCACGCGGGUACCCAACUCUAUACGGUGGCGCACAAAUUGCACGAAGUCGAAACGACAUUGGACCACACCAGCAGCCUAGACGAUGUGGAUGGCGUUUGUGUCAUGGAACUGCUUGAGUCAAUGGAAGAGGUCAAGGCAGAAUAUCAUCAUCUGGUGCAGAAUUUACGUGAGGUGCACCAGUUGCAGCGUGACGUCACCACAUCGAUACGCUUUCAAAUGCGUAGCAUGCAGCAGACAUUCGAAUCGCUUAAGAAACGCAUCGAGUUGCGUGUCACACAGAAUUAAGUUGGAAAACCAAUUUUGAUGACUAUUGAAGUGCUGAAUUGACGCUGAAUACGUAAGGCAAAAAAUUAGGGACAUAAAUAUGUAAUAUUUAAGAUAAUAUGUUAGACAGGCAUUGCCGCUGAAUAAGAUAAUUUAGGAAAAAUAUAAUUGUUUUAAUUUAUACUCACGAAUCAGUAGCAUCGGUAAUUCUUUCGCAGAAAAGGAGGCUGAAUAAGUUUCUUAUAUUCUUAAAGUUGUUUCACAAGCCAUGAAAUGUGCUUUCUUCAUUAGAAAUAAUUCUUUCUUAGCAUAAAAUAGGCGCUGAAUUAGCGCUGAAUACGAUAAUUUUGACAUAUUUCUGAUUUGUGUUAUCUAUAAACAUAAGACAUUAAAUAUACUUUAAGUCAUAUGUACAUAAAUCGGUAUUUCUGAUCUAGAAAAUAGUGUAAAACCUAUAUAAAAACGUUUUAUUAAAACCAAGUAAAAAAUUAAUGCCUAAUUAUCCAUAAGAAAUUGUUAAGAAACCAAGGUAUCAAAAAUUAUAUCAGGUAUGAUUUGUGCAUAUUUAUUUUUUAUUUUAUUUCAUGCCAGAAAUUUGUUGAAUUGUCUCCAAAAAACCAAAAAUUAAAUCAACUAGGUUUUCGUUCUUUUAUAAAUAAAAAUUAGUGGGUAUUUAUAAUUUGCUGAAUUGUUGCUGAAAGCCAAAAAUUACACGAACUUAGAUUUUGUUAUGUUCUUAAUGAAAAGUUUUUGAGUAUAUCUAAUUUUUCAAAUCAUUAUAGCACGUGGUAGAGCCCAACGACUAAUAUUUGUUUUAUAUUUGUUUUUAUUGAUGUUUUUAAGAGCUGAAUUUGAGCUGAAUUGAGUUGCGUGAAGAUAACAAAAAUGAACAGAAUAUUAAAUAAUAUUAUAUUUGCUCUUAUUGACGAUUUUACAAGCUGAAUAUGCACUGAAUGCAGUUUCAUGAAGGCAAAAAUUAUGAUUUAUAUUUAAGUUGGCAGUUAUAUUCAAAUUGUACUUAUGAUUAAGCCCGAUUGCUAAAAACUAAGUUGCUGAAUUGCGCUGAAUUAAUGUUCAUGGAUCGAAUGAUGUACAAUUUGUGGUUUUAUAUUUGAUCUUAUUGAUGAUUUCGAAAGCUGAAAAUGGACUGAAUAAAGUUUAGUGAAGAUAAAAAUAAUCAACCGAACGUUGCACAAUUUUUGGUUUUAAUUCCAUUUUAAGUUAAUCGUUGGUUUCAAGAGCUGAAUAUGCGCUGAAAUGACUCAAAUGAACGCUAAAUAACCACUGUAAACACGCAUUUCUUACACAAAAGUAAACAAUUUAAAUUUUUUCUCAAAGUUCAAAACUGUCUGCCAAAGAACUCUUCUUAUUUAAAAUUUGGUUUUAUACUAACCCAGCGCUGAAUGUGCUACCGAGUGUUGUAAGGCUAAAUAUACUUUUAAAAACUAUUUUUUAUCCAAUAAAAAAACAAAUAAAAAUUUAAUGUG